UCAUGGAGCCAUGGCCCAUGUCAUCCAUUAUUUCAAGACGUUUCUAAUAAAUGUAAUUUUAAAUCAAAAGCCCUUAUAUCCCAUGCCAAAAGAGCAUACUGUACAAAAUGGCAGAGACCACAACACUCAAGAAGCUCAAUGGCAAGGUGGCCAUCGUCACCGGCGCCGCUUCCGGCAUCGGUGCAGUCACAGCGCGCCACUUCGCCGAACACGGCGCGCUUGCUGUCGUCAUCGCAGACGUGCAAGACAACAAGGGGCAAGAACUCGCCUCGUCCAUCGGUACCAACCGAUGCACCUACAUCCACUGCGACGUCACCGAUGAGGAACAAGUUAGGUCCCUCGUCGACUCCACUGUCCAUCUGUACGGACGCCUCGACAUCAUGUUCAGCAACGCGGGGAUUGUCAGUGGGUCCCACCAGACCGUGCUGGACCUUGACCUGAAACUAUACGAUAGGGUCAUGGCUGUGAACUCGCGGGGGAUGGCGGCGUGUGUCAAGCACGCGGCGAGAGUGAUGAUCGAGGGGCAGGUGAGGGGGAGUAUUGUGUGCACGGCUAGUUUGGCGGCGGAGAGUGGGACAGAGUUUGCGACGGACUACACAAUGUCGAAGCACGCAGUGCUGGGGCUUGUGAGGUCCGCAAGUAAGCAGCUGGCGGCGCGUGGAGUGCGUGUGAAUUGUGUGUCACCUGGGUCGGUUCUGACACCGCUUCUGUGUGAUAUGUUGAAGGUUGGGAUGGAGGAUCUGGGGAAGAUGAUAGCGCCAAUGUAUGCUAGGAGCGGUAAUGGAAUGCUGACGGAGAAGCACGUGGCGGAUGCGGUGGUGUUUUUGGCUUCUGAGGAGGCUGAGUUUGUGACCGGACAUAAUUUGGUUGUUGACGGUGGCGUCAAUCCCCUAUGAAAUAUAUUUCUUUCAACAACAAAAUAAAGAUAAAAGAAAAAGGUAGAAUUUUGCAUAAA